AUGCGGCCUACCCUGUUUCUAGGCUGGAUAGCCGUUGCUGUCUAUGCAUAUGAGCCCGACAACAACCAUCCGACGAUCAAACCAGAGGCCCCAGACCUCAUCAACCGCGCUCUCCCUAAUGCCCCGGAUGGCUAUGCUCCGGCCAAGGUUGAUUGUCCAUCCCCGCGACCCAGUGUGCGCAGUGCCGCGAAGCUGUCUCCAAAUGAGCAAGACUGGCUCAAGCUGCGACAGAAGACGACUCACCAAGCCAUUAAAGACUUUUUCGGUCAUGUGCAUAUAAACGAUUUUGACUCAGCCGCCUAUCUCGAUAAAUUCGGAAACAACCUUUCAAGUCUACCUACCAUUGGUAUUGCUGUUUCUGGUGGAGGCUAUCGCGCUUUGAUGAAUGGUGCCGGAGCCCUGAAAGCAUUUGAUAGUCGCACCGAAAACUCUACUGUAUCAGGUCAGCUUGGUGGUUUGCUCCAGUCGGCAACAUACUUAGCGGGCCUCAGUGGGGGUGGCUGGCUGCUAGGCUCGCUCUACAUGAACAACUUCACCUCCGUCUCGUCUUUGCAAACCAACACUCUUGGGGCUCCAUGGCAGUUCUCUAAUUCUAUACUGAAAGGACCAGAUGACGGCACCGCUCUCUUAUCGUCGGCAGUUCACUACUAUAAAGAAAUAUCAGAAGCUGUGGCAGCAAAGGGAAAAACUGGUUUCCCAACUACCUUUACAGAUUUCUGGGGGCGCAUGCUGUCAUAUCAGCUCAUCCAUGCUCCAGAGGGAGGCAUUAACUACACUUGGAGUUCAAUUGCAGCGACAGAACACUUUCAGCGAGCUGAGAUGCCCAUGCCGAUUCUCAUCGCAGACGGUCGCAACCCGGGAGAGCAUGUUGUCGGAGGCAACGCAACUAUUUACGAGUUCAACCCCUGGGAGUUUGGGUCCUUUGACCCUACCAUCUUUGGCUUUGCUCCUCUGGAAUACCUGGGCUCCAAAUUUGAGAAUGGCGUCGUGCCACCCAACGAAAAAUGUGUCCGAGGGUACGACAACGCUGGCUUCGUGAUGGGCACCUCGUCCAGUCUCUUCAACCAGUUCUUGCUCAAUAUCAACUCCACUGAUCUCGGGGAAACAACCAAAGACAUCGUUCGCAAUCUUCUCGCCGACGUUGAUGAGGAAUCGACAGAUAUCGCCAACUACACCAAUCCCUUCUACAAAGCAACGACCGCUGAUUUCUACGCCCAGUAUCCGUAUCUCGCCGUCGUUGACGGAGGUGAAGACCUGCAAAACCUCCCUCUUCACCCCAUGAUUCAACCCGAACGAAAGGUAGACGUCAUCUUCGCCGUUGACUCAUCUGCCGAUACCAACAACUGGCCUGACGGUACCUCCCUUGUGGCGACCUACGAACGCAGCCUGGAGGGCAGAAUCAACAACGGCACCGGCUUCGCUGCCGUUCCAGACAGAAAUACCUUCCUCAACCUGGGUCUCAAUAAUCGGCCAACUUUCUUUGGCUGCGAUGCCUCCAACUUUACUGGCACUCAAUCCCAUUCGCCACUCAUUGUGUACAUUCCCAACUCACCAUACGUGGUAUCUUCCAACGUCUCGACGUUUGACAUGAGCUACAAUAAUACACAGCGAGACGCAAUAAUUCUUAACGGUUAUAAUGUUGCCACGAUGGGUAACGGGAGCCGGGACUCGGAGUGGUCAACUUGUGUCGGCUGUGCUGUUUUAAGCCGCUCACUGGAGCGUACAAACACCACCAUACCAGCUGCUUGCAAUCAAUGCUUUCAGCGCUAUUGUUGGAAUGGGACAAUUGACAGUCGAACGCCAGCCACUUACGAGCCGGAGCUGUUUCUGGCACCAAUUAGGCUGACUGGCGCAGCAGGGCUGGCAGUUGUCUCUCCCAGUUGGUGCCAUACAACUCUGCUAUUAGCUUUGUUA